AUGGCUCCAUCGUCGCUUCUACUUGGUAUUGUUUUGACGGCCGCCAGCCCGCUGCUUGCUCUCGGUCAAAAACUUGAUAAGCCUGCGCUCACUUCCAACCUCGACUACUUAGAGCAGGGCAACAUUGACAACCUUAACCCAACCCAAAGUACAAAUGAUCAAUGGGGCUCUGGUUGGAUUCCCUCUGAUUGCAAAGACAUUGCCAACAACGAGGGCAAGAGCCCUGAUGACUUCGAAAUUUACAAUGUCCACUACGAUGAUUGCGACGAUGCAUGGGUAUUCUGUCGCCAUAAGGAUACUCCGACAGAUUUAAUAACAACAAUCGACAUUUUCGGUCGACUUCCUGUCGCUAUGCGAAGCUGGGUCAGACACGUUUUGACUCUUCCAGGCGAUAACUAUGCAUAUAAUUCCAACGGUAACGUUGCAUUUUUUGGAACUACCAGCAGCAUCCUGGAUGUAGCAAUUCACGAGACUGGGCAUAGUCUCGACCUGCUGGGGGCGUACGGCGACCCGUUGUCUAGUAGCCAAGAUUGGCUUGACAACUACAACCAGGAUUCAAAUGUGCCGGACGAUUAUGCUCAGACAAACCAGGUCGAGAAUGUUGCACAGAAUACCGUUGUGAGUGUUUACGACAAGGUCGUCCCUGGUGGCUUCGGUUCUGCCCAGUCCAACUGGAACAAUAUCUUCCACCAGUAUGCAACUCUGCAGGGAAAGGCCGGGGAUCAAAUUAUUCCCGGUGGAACCUGUGAUCGUCAUCUCGUUAAUUCUGAGACUGUUUCCACCGGCAGCUCCGCUUCUACCAUUAUGGUAGAUUAUUCUGUCAACAAACCAAACACUUCAUUCAAAGGUAACUAUACCAGAGUUUUGAAGAACCACCCUAAAUUUAGCACCAAGGAACUCUGUGCCUUUUAA